AUGGAAUGGUAUUUAUUAAUAUUAAUCCUCUUAUUGAUUUUGUUUCAAAAUAUUAAUUGCAAUUUUUUUAAUCAUAAAAAAGAAAAUAGUACUAUACUUUUUCGAGCACAAAAAGGAAGGACUAAAUAUAUUAAGACCAAUCAUUAUGCUUCAAAAUGUGGGGAAAUAUAUUCUAUAACCAAUAUAGAAAGCCCAGUUAAGAAAUGGAAAGGAUUUAAAAAAAUAAAGAAACUUAAAAAUAAUUUUUUCCCUCGCACAUUUGAAAACAUAACAAUCGCAUACAAAAGUAUAACCCCUUUUUUUAUUACUAAUGAUAUAUUUUUAAAAAAAAAAAAGUGUGUAUACACUUUAACCAAAGUCAAUCCUUUUAAUUAUCAUGUAGAUUAUCUUCAUAAAAAAAAUAAAUAUAAAUGGAACACAUAUAACAAUUAUAUAUUUAGCUUAUUUAAUAAAAUAAGUAGUGCCAAAGAGAAUAAACAAAAAUUGUGUGUAUUAAAAUGCGCCUAUGGUCAUAUUUCAUCAAAUGCCAUUGAGAAAGAGAAUGAGCAAAGCAAUUCGGAAACACCAACAUGCAAUAGCAAUAUUAAAUGUGUACUAGCUAAUGUUUUAAAAAAUAAUAUCAUAUAUAAUUAUCCUAAAAAGGAUGAAUUAAUCAAACUAGUAACAAACAUAACUUGUUUAUUUUACAAAUUAAAUAAAUAUAAUUGUGAAAAAAAAAAUAAUGUCACAUUAAAUAUAUGGGGUAAACCUAUAAAUAUUAUAUCCGUUAAAUCAUACAUAGACAAUAUACUAAAUUGCUUGUCUAAUAAUAAAUAUAAUAAAGACGAUUUUUUAAAUAAUAAUAUAUUUUUUAAAUACGACAAUGAUAUUGAAAAAAAAUUAUUUUUUCAUCUUCAAUAUUUUUAUUCAGUUUAUAUAAAAGAUAUAUAUCAAAAAGAAAACUUAUUUUACGACUUAAACGAAAAUGAUCGAGAAAUAAAUAGCCAUACAAAUAAUGUGUUUGUAUAUUUAUAUGAUAAUGAUGAUGAUGUUAAUGUAGAAGAGUUUUAUGAACAUUUGAAAAACAUAUAUGGAGAAGACGUAGUUAGUUUUUUUAAUUAUAAAAGGUAUAUACACAAUGAUAAUAAAUUUUCCAUUAUUUUAUUGUCAUAUAAUGAAUUUUUAAAACUAUGCUUUUUAUUUAGCCAAAAUAAGGCUAUCUCUUACAAUAAUUUGGAUAGUAACAACAAUUUUGUAAAUUUACGUCAUCUCUUUUCAAGCCUUAUUGGCAUAAAAGUGAACGAGAGCAAUGAAAUAUGUAAAGAGAAUGCGAUUAAAAGGGUAUAUUAUAAAUGUAAAUUUUUUUUUAAUAAUUUUAGCUUGAAAUAUAAUUAUGAAAAUAAUGUGAUGGAAAAAAAUAUAUAUGAAAAUAUAUUUUCGUUACUAAACUUAAAUGAAAAACAAAAUAAAAUAAGCUUUAAUUUUUUAUGCAAUGAUAAUUUUAAUUUGAAGUUAUUUCAAUUUUGGAUAGCUAAUGUGCAUAAUACUUGUAUUAUCAUAAAUUUUGCUAAAGAAAAAAAUACAUUUUUAUUGCACAAAAAAUAUGUUUUAAAACUUGACGAUAAAAAUUUUAACGAUGAGUACAUGUCAAACACUUUCAGACAUAAUCAUGAUCUACCAAAUUAUGAAACAAACUUUGAGUCAUUUAUUUUAAGUUGUAUAACAAAUCGAAAGAAAAACAAUGUUAUGCAAAAAAAUACAGAAAACAUUUUGUCUAUAUUUAAUAAUUACAGAAAAAAAAAAAUAAUAAAAUAUUUGAAAGACCAUAAUUUAUAUAAUUUGAAUAAAUUAAAAAAAAAAAACUUUAUUAUUAAUAAUAAAAAAAAAGGAUCUAUAUUUUUGAAAAAAAAAAUUAUCAAUCCAUCCUAUAUUGAAAAAAAAGAAAAUAUUCAACCAAAUGACAAGGCAAAAAUAUUAUCCAAAAAUAUUAACAUCGUUCAAAACAACUCGGAAAUAUUAGAAACAUCAAGGGGUUACAAUAAUAAAAAUGGCUAUACAAAUAAACAAUUUUAUUAUCUACAUACUCCUCAUAGUGUUAAACAAAAUUUACAUACCACACUUGAAAAAAAUAUUAAGAAUGAUUGUCAAACAAACAACAUAAAUAUUCAAUAUGACCAACAUAAUGAAGAUAACAUAAUAAAUAAGAUAGUAGAAAUAUAUCCUUGUAUAUAUUACAUUUUUAAUAAGGUUGAAUUUGGGUUAUUUACCAAAAGCUUAUAUACUACUUUCAAAUUAAUUAAUAAAGAUAUGUGUAAUAAAUUAAAAGAUAUAUUAAAAAAAUAUAAUGAAACAAUAAUAGACACAAAAAAUGAAAACUACUUAAUGUUUAUAAAAUAUUUAUAUAAAGGUAUUUUCCUUAUAGACACACAUUUAAAUGAUAUAGAGCAAAAUUUUCUCAUUGAAUUAAUAAAAAAUAAUAUUGUUAAAAUUGUCUUAUCGUGUGUUGAUAUAUCAUCAUAUAAUAUAUCUGUAAGUAGUAUAUUUGUAGAAGAUUUUCAAAUAUAUAAUAAAAAUAAAUUAAAUCAGUAUAACAAUUUAAUUAACAAAAUAAAUAAACUACAUGAACAAGUUUUUGUCUUCCCUACAAAUUAUGAAAAAGAAAAAAAUAUGAUUGAAAAUAAAAGUAAUAUAGAUAGUAACUAUACUAUUAUAUCUGAUGAUAUGUAUAGGUUACAUUUUAUAAAAUAUUUUAUGUUUUUAAAUUUUAAUAAAAUAUUUCCUAAAUAUACAUUAUCAAAUAAUGACUUACAAAAUUUUUCUAAAAACUCAACAAACUACUUUUUAAUCCCUAAAAAAUAUGAAGACAUACCAAUAAUUUUAAAUAUAAAUAAUAAUAGCUAUUUAAAUUUAUCAAAAUUUAAUAAAGUUAUAAUUACUGAUUUUUAUUUUAAUUUAUACUAUGAUAAUAUAUGUAAGGGGAUGUCGAUUAAAUUAAACAAAAUUAAGGACAUAGUAAAAGACAAAAUUCUUGAGACUUCUGUAGAUGAUAUAAAUAGACUAGAAAAAUGGAAUAUAUUAAAUUCAAAUGGAAAAAAAAGAGAAAAAUUAUUUUUCAAUUCUUUUGAUAAUAAUAUUGGUGAAGAAGGAUUUCCACAAUAUGAUAACACCAUUUUUCAUAACUUAAUAAAAAAUUCGUAUAAUAUUUACAAAAUUUACAAACAUAAAAAAUUGAAUGAGACAAUAUUAAUUAAUAGUUAUAUGGAUAUUUAUAAUAAUGUGUCAUAUAAUUUAAAUUAUUUUGAUGUUUUAUAUUUAUUUUUUAUAAAAGGAGAACAACUCGAUUUAACUUCAGACUCCCUUAAGAACCGCUUUUUUAACUUUUAUUUAAUACAAAGAGAAAAAUAUGAAAAAAAAUAUAUAAAAUAUGAUAAAGACAAUAAAUUAAAUAUAUAUAAUACGUAUAUUGAAAAAAUAAAAAAAUAUUUUGACAAUGAUUAUCUUACUAUGUAUUAUAACAUGUACCUUAAUUAUCAAAAAUUAAAAAAAAAAAUUGAAAAAAAAUUGAAAAAUUUAUAUGAAGAAAAAUACAAGCACUUAGAAAAGGAAAUAAAUAAUAUGAAGAAAAAACAUUUCAAAAACAAAGUGUUUAUAACGAUUAAUAAUGACAAGUGUAUAAUAAUAGAUCAUUAUAAUUUUGUAAAAAAAAGGGGAAAUAAUUCUACAACUUGUAAUAAUGAUUAUUGGGGUCAUAAUAAAAAUACCUAUAUCUGCUUUAAUGACCAAAAUGAAAUUAUAAUUUGCAAUGCUUCAUUUUUUAAUUACAUCAUAUAUGAUAAAAAAGAAUAUGAUAGUAUAAAAAACAUGUCUAAAAAUAUUAAUUACUAUAAUUAUUUAUUUGAAAAAAGAAAUGUAGAAACAUAUGAAAUAUUUAUAAAUGAAAAUGUAUUCCAAUUUAGUAUGCCAGAAAUAAAGACAAAGACUCAACUUAAACAAUGCUUAACAAUAAGACAAAAGAAAAAAAUAAUAAAUAAUGUCAAAGUAAACAUAAUAUAUACAUAUAAUAAACAAGAAAAUAAUAUAAAGGAAAAAAAAAAAACUAUAUCAUCUAUCGAUAUUGAUAGUCUACUUCAUAACUCUUAUGAUGAACAGCUUUAUCAAAUGAAGAAUAAUUUACUUUUAUAUUUUGAAAAAAUGAAAAAAAUUAAGCUUAAAUUAUAUAUGCAAUAUUUUCAUAAACAAAAAAAUAUUAUAGAAAAGGGAGAAGAAGGAAAAAUGAGCCAACCAAAUGAUGAAGUAACACACCCAAUACAAUAUUCUACUAUUGAUAAAAAUAAUAUACUUUAUAAUGAUGGUGUUUUAAAAAAAGAAAAUAUUUCACUAUCUAAUGUGUGUAAAAAAAAAAAAUAUAUAUUACGAAUAAAAUUUAUGAAAAAUUUAAAUACUCUUAAUAAAAAAAAAAAUAGUGGAAAUAAAAAUAUUUAUAUGACUGAAUUAAACAAAUUAAAUCGUAUAUUAGGAAAUACAUAUAAUCAUAAAAAUAUUAUAGACCAAUUUUAUAAUAUAUUUAAUUUUCUUAAACAAAAUAAUUUAAUAAAUAUAUUAAAAAAUUAUAUAAAUCCAUAUAUUAAAAAUACAAUGUGGUAUUAUAUAAUAACACAGUAUAUUAAUAAUGCAUAUCAGUUUGAUCUCAAACCUGAAUUGAUAAUUAUUGUUUUUUAUAUUUGUUUUUCUAAAAAGGAGACUGAUUAUUUGGAUAAUUAUUUGAACUCACUUGAAAUUAAAGACAACUUUUUAAAACAAAUAGUCUCAGACAUUUAUAUAUAUAAGGAGCUGUUAACGAUAUUUCAGUCGAGGCACAAUAUACGGAUUGACAUUCAAUUUAAUUUAUACAAUAUUAACGAUAUUUAUGAUGGAUUAAUUAAAUUGAAGGCCCAGAAAUAUGAUGAGAUUAAAAAACAUGUGGAAGCUCAUUUAAAUGAACUUAAUUUAAUAUUAUAUAAUAUUUUGUCUAAUAAUUUUAAUAAAAAAAUAAAUAAUAUUAUUUUAGACUUUAUUAAUGAGUUUCAAAAAUAUAAAAAAUAUAAAUAUAAAUAA